AUGAAUGACAACAGGAGGGUUGAUCAUAACUUCACUUCUUCUCUUUCUCCAACAGAACCAGAACCAACGCCUUCUCCCACAUGGCCAACUGUGCCAGCCCCCUCAAUCUGCACUGCCUCAGGAGACCCCCAUUACACCACCUUCGACGGGCGGGUCCACCACUUCAUGGGCAACUGCACCUACACCUUGGCCAAAGCCUGCUCCAAUUCCACCCAUGGCCUGGAGGCCUUUGACGUCUCCACCACCAAUGAGCACCGGGGCUCCAACCGGGCCGUGUCUUACGUCCACUCGGUGCACGUGGCCGUCCACGGGAGCCAAGUGUCCCUGCUGAAGAACAGGAAAGUCAACGUCAACGGCACUCGGAGGAACCUGCCCGUCUACAUCGGAGGCAACAAGAUAGUGGUGCGCUUGAGUGGCAGCUACGUCAUCCUGAUAACCGACUUUGGCCUGAGCGUCCGCUUUGAUGGCAACCAUUACGUGGAGGUGGCCAUGCCGGCCGAAUACCAGGGGCUGCUCUGCGGCCUGUGUGGUAAUUUCAAUGGGAAUCCGGGCGAUGACAACCUCAAGCCGGAUGGAGAACCUGCGGGAGACUCAACUCAACUCGGAAACAGUUGGCUUGUCCCAGACAACAGUAGCAUAUGUUCCAGCCCAGCAGAAUUAUGUGACCCAAAGCUGGAAGAGGAAAUUCAGAGGAAUUCUGCUUGCCGCCUGAUCGCAGAUCCAACAGGGCCCUUCGGGCAGUGCCAUGCUCUGGUCGACCCCGCCCAUUUCCUGGAGAACUGCAUUUAUGACGUCUGCCUCACUCAAGGACAGCAGACCUCCGUGUGCCACGGGCUGCAAGCCUACGCGGCCUCCUGCGCCAACGCUGGGCUGUGCGUGGAAUGGCGGAACUCCACCCUCUGUCCCGUCUCCUGCCCCGUCAACAGCCACUACAGCAGCUGUGGGACUUCCUGCCCUUCCAGCUGUGUGAAGCCCCAAGGGCUCCCCCCGUGCAGCCCCCUCCCCACGGACGGCUGCUUCUGCAACGAAGGCUUCGUCCUGAGUGGAGACACCUGUGUCCCCGAGGCCGACUGCGGCUGUGUGGAUAGCCAGGGAAACUACUACCAGCUGGGGGAGAAUUGGUUCACUGAUGAGUCCUGCCAAAAUCGAUGCACCUGCGGGCACAACAAGAUCACAUGUGCCCCAUGGCAAUGUGGUGUGCAGGAGAAUUGCGCUGUUCAGGACGGAGUACUGGGUUGCUACACCAAGGGCCGGGCAUCGUGCCACGUGGUGGGCGAUCCCCAUUAUUACACCUUUGACAAAGUGAUGCACACCUUCCUGGGCACCUGCCUGUACACCCUGGUCACUGCUUGCGAUGCCCGGAGCCUCUGCACAGUCACCCCCUUCAACGUCACGGGGAAGAACGAAGACCGGGGCUUACGAGGAGCCACCUACCUCCGGGAGGUCCACGUGGAUGUCUACGACCUACGGAUCACUCUCCAGAAGGACAAGAAGAUCCUGCUGAACAAGGAGAGGGCCUACAGCCCCGUGGAGAGCCGCUCCCAGAGAAACUCGGUGACCGUCUCCAACGUGGGCAACUACAUGGUGGUGGAAACGGACUUUGGGCUGAUGGUGAAAUACGAUGGGAAUCAGUACUUGGAGAUCAGCCUGCCCAGCUCCUACUUCUCCCAGGUGCGUGGCCUCUGUGGGAACUACAAUGGCCAAAAGGAGGAUGAGUUGCUGAUGCCCAAUGGCUCCCAGGCCAAGAACGUCACUCAGUUUGGGAACAGCUGGAAGGUGGACGAUCCUGAAGACUCAAGCUGCCUGCCAGACACCCGCCCAGAGCUGGGCCCCCCUUGUGCCCCGGGCGACCUGCCCUCCGUGGAAGAGCAGUGCCAGGUCCUGCGAUCUGGAGCCUUCGUGCCCUGCCACCCGCUGGUGCCGCCAGACCUCUUCAUCCAGACCUGCGUCUACGACAUGUGCAAGUACGACGGGAUGCACGCCACCCUCUGUGCCGUGGUGCAAGCCUACGUGGACACCUGUCAGGCCAAGGGGGUGGCCGUCCAGUGGAGGAACAGCACUUUCUGCCCCCUGCCCUGCCCCCCCAACAGCUUCUACUCCCCCUGUGCCCCUCCCUGCCCACCCACCUGCAGCAACAUCUACGCGGGGGAGCUGUGUGAGAAGCCCCCGGGGGGGCAGUGCCUGGAAGGCUGCGUUUGCCACCAGGGCUUCGUGCUCAGCGACGACCAGUGUGUGCCCCUCAGCCAGUGCGGCUGCCAGGACAAGGACGGCCGGUACCACAAGAUCGGGGAGAGCUGGCUGACCCCCCACUGCAGCCAAAAGUGCCGCUGUCGCAAAGGGGGAGCCAUCAAGUGCCAGGACUUCGGCUGUGAGCCUGGGGAGGUUUGUGAUACCAAGAAAGACGGGAAGCUGCACUGCAAACCCACAGGGUUCGGCAACUGCCUGGUCACGGGAGACCCGCAUUACCUGACCUUCGACGGCCUCCUGCACCACUUCCAGGGGCUGCACACCUACGUGCUGGCCCAGACCCGGCCCGAUGCUUCCGAACGCCUGGAGCCCUUGAGCAUCGAAGGGACCAACCGGCUGGUGGUCGGCUCCGGCCAGCCCUCCGUGCUGAAGGAGCUGCGCAUCCGCGUCUACAACCACACGGUGCUCUUCCGGCAGAGGAGGAAGCUGGUGGUGGACGGAGUGGCCACUGAGCCCCCGGCGCGACCUCACGAGGGGCUCCGCAUCCAGCAGAGCGGGAGGCAGAUUUUCCUGGAGUCCGACUUCGGCCUCUCGGUCAGCUUUGACGGCCUGGAGAAUUCAGGCAUCCUGCUGCCCAACAGCUAUAAAAGGAGCCUGGAGGGCCUCUGUGGCAACUUUGAUGGGAGGUUCAAGAACGACUUUGCCAAGCCAGAUGGCACCCUGGUCAAGGACGUCCAGACCUUCGGGGAGAGCUGGAGAGUCCCCGUCCAGAGAGGCUCCUCCCGCCUCAGGCGAAACCGCGUGGCCGAAGAACCCCCGGAGGAGGCUGAGCUGGACGUGGGAUUUUCCCCCCUUUGCUCCGAAGAGGACAUCAAGGUGUUCAGUGGCAGCUCCGCCUGUGGCAUCCUGGCAGACCCCAAGGGUCCCUUCCGAGGCUGCUUGGCCCACCAGGACCCCGACCCCUUCCUGCAGAGCUGCGUGUUUGACAUGUGCAGAGAAGCCAACCGGAGUGCCCGCCUGUGCCCCAUCCUGGAGCAGUAUGCCAAGGGCUGCCAGAGCAAGAGCCUCUCGGUGGCCGACUGGAGGGCAGCCAGCGGCUGCGCCAUCCAGUGCCAGCCCCACAGCCACUACAACCCCUGCAUGUCAGCCUGUCCCCCGUCGUGCUCCGACCUGGCGGCCCCCGCCAGCUGCAGCUCCCCCUGCCUGGAAGGCUGCGAGUGCGAGUCUGGCUACGUCCUCAGCGGCUUUGACUGCGUGCCCUUCCGGGACUGCGGCUGCAGCUUCCUGGGCAAAUACUAUAAGGUGGGGGACCGCUUUAUGGCCGAUGACUGCAGCCAAGACUGCGUCUGCAGGGACAGUUCCAGCCUCGACUGCAAGGCCACCGGCUGCCCCCAGGACUUCCACUGCCGCAUCUUCAACUUCACCCGCGGCUGCUAUCAGGGAUGA